UUCGCCCGUGUCUCCUUCGUAGGCGAUCCCUUCCUCGCGAUUUCGCGUCUUGCUCUCUCUCUCUCUCUCUCUCUCUCUCUCUCUCUGAAGGCAGCGAAGAAGAAGCGAGGGUUGGGAUCCGGAUCUGGCUCGGAACUCGUCACCUCCCCUUGAUCCUCCCACGACCAACCUAGCGUUAGGGCUUGCGAUUCUAUUGGAAUCGAAGGACCGAAGGUAUGGCCUCAAGGCGAGCAAUCAAUCCAUCUCGACGUGCGACUGACAGUGGGAGUAUUCCACUUAUUGCUUCGCUGCAUCAAAAGUCGCGGAGCUCGCCCUUACUAUCUGCUGGAUUGGUUCUUUUGGGUGUAUUAUGUCUGAUAUUUUACUUAUUCAGAGGUUCAGGUGGAUUUGGAGGUAAUAAGGAAGCCAUAAGCAGCGGUCAAGGUGUUUCCUGCACAUCAGAUGUUCUACAGGCAAUACCUAUUUUAAAGAAAGCUUAUAAAGAUAGUAUGCGGAAGGUUUUGCAUGUAGGUCCGGAUUCUUGUGCAGUUGUUUCUAUGUUGCUGAAAGAAGAAGAUACCGAAGCCUGGGGUGUGGAACCAUAUGAUUUGGAAGAUGCCGAUAGUAGCUGCAAGAGCCUUGUCCGGAAAGGCUUUGUGCGUUUAGCUGAUAUCAAGUUUCCUCUACCCUACAGGCCAAAAUCAUUUUCCCUUGUUAUUGUCUCAGAUUCAUUGGAUUACUUAUCCUCAAAGUACCUCAACAAGACCCUUCCGGACCUGGCAAGGGUAUCAGCAGAUGGUCUUGUUAUAUUUGCUGGUUACCCAGGUCAGCAGAGAGUCAAGGUAUCGGAGCUUUCAAAAUUUGGAAGGCCGGCUAAAUUUAGGAGUUUGUCUUGGUGGAGACGUUAUUUCAUCCAGACUGGAUUCGAAGAGAAUGAAACUGCCAUAAAGAAGUUUGAGCAAGUUUCAACCAAGAGUUCUUACCAACCAAGCUGCCAAGUUUUCCACGUCAGCUCCUAAAGAACCACUGCCUGGUUCCUUGAAAACACUGCUUUGUAGCUUCUACUUGUGAUGAACUGUGUUUUCUUUUUGCACUUCAAAUUGGAUACGGUGUUUAGCGAACGCCACUUCCUCUAUCUGUAGAUAAUUUAUCUUUAUAUCUCAUACGUGCUGAGUUGUAAUAAAUGGUCUUCCACUCA